CCCACUGACUGCUCUGUAAUUGAUCACCGUGCCGUCCAACUGUUCAAAAUAAGCACCGGUAGUCUCUGGUCUUCUCUUGGGUCCCGCAACCUAGCUACCUACCAUUCCUAGUUUCAGAAACUUCUUCCGCCGGAUCAAAUUCCCACUGCAAUGCCAACGUAAUACAGGAGCGAAAAUAGGGUUUGUCUCUAUGUGUUGCAUGAAUUCAUCAGUUUCUGAAAUUGGAAUUCUUAUCUAUACGAGUGAGUAGAUUCGGAAUUGGGAUUCCGGUCCUUCUCUGCAAAAUCUGAAACCGACACCCCGACCAGUGAGCACCCAUAUUUGUGGUUUUGAUCAAUUGUGGAGGAAAGAAUGGGACUGUCAUCAGCUAGUACUGCCACCGAAGCCAUAAAACUUUGCAUAUUUGAUUUAAGAAGGGGACAACAAGAAGGGCAGGAGCUGGACAAGAUAUUAUUUUUCUUUCCUGCUGACUUGCCCUUUUCAAUUCAGCUUUCAGUAAUAGGGCUUAGUGAAGGGCUUAUCACGUUUACAAGAAUUUUCUCUCCCGAGGCUGCUUGCGAGGUCAUAGAAGCAGAGAGGCACUCUCAUGUGUUUUAUGAGGCAGAACCAGAUAUCUGGAUGGUUAUGAUGGUGGAGAAAAAUGAGUCAGAAGCUAUAUGGCGUAUUGCUGCAUUACAAAAGGUUCUUAAGGAAGUUCAUUCCCUUUUCCUAAUGUUUCAUGGAUCCAUACGAGCAUUGCUUGAGAAAGAACCUGCUGGAGGAUUAAUUCGAGCUCAUCUGCACCCCUUUAUGAUGGAUUAUCUGAGAGAUUUCCUUUUUGGCAAGAAACUCCUGUUACCAUCAUUCCGUGACUGUUUAAAGGAGCGUGGAACUGUGCAGAUGCUGACUGUAAGUAGGGAGGCUGCAAUUGAAGUUCAGUCACUUGUCAGGCUGCUAGAAUCUUGUGCUGGAAGCUCACCAUGCUACUCGCUGAUUUUAUUUCAGGACCUGCUAGUGUCCACUACACUCUCUCCUGUUGACACCAUAAACUUGUUUACGUAUGCUGUUCUAAGGUUGACACCACGCACACUUUCCGCUGGAGUAAGUUCUUGGUCCUAUUUACGCAAAGGAAGUACAGGAUCUUCUGUUGCUGCUGGCUAUACAUUGGCCCCCUCAGCUUCUGUUCCAGACCAAUAUUAUUGUUUACCGGAUACCUCCCAUGGUGGAGAUAACAACUAUCAUGUUGUGAGGCCCUUAAAGCAAGACAGGUGGUCCAAAGCCAAGGAUGGUUUUCUUGUCACUGACAUAUGGAGUGCAGAGGCUGGUAGUUCAACUUCUGCCACCCCAACCAUUUGGCUCCAACAGACAGGGGAGAGAAUGUAUCUAUGUGCUUACCAGUUUAGGAGCCUUACCUUAAUCCUUGUCGUUCCUGUUGCCUCCAUUCUUAAUGGGGAGCAACUUGUUUCUUUGGUGAAGCAGCAAGUUCUUGAAAAUGCGUCACUGAAGAUGCUAAAAGUUGAAGAGAAACUUUCAAAGGGAUGGGGUGGUGAGAAUGCUUAUCAUGUUAGUGGGUAUCGAUAUUUACUUGUAGAUGUUGACAGAAACGUAUCCAGAGCUUCUCCACCAGGAAAGGUUACAACCCUAUCAAAGGAAUCUUUGCUUGCUUUAAGUAUGGUUAGAGAAGAGGUUGAUUUGGAAAAAGGUCAAAUGGCAUGGGAUAACGCAGGUCAGGAGAAAGAUUUAGAGUUAUGCAUUAGAGCAAAAAACAAUGCUUGGGUUAUUGCUCGGAUUACAAAAGGGAAGGAGCUUUAUAUGGUUCUAGAGAAAGCAAACGAAACGGUCCUUUAUGCCUCUGAUGCUGUUGAGAAGUUCAGCAACAGGUAUUGCAAUGGAGCUUUUUCAUUGGAUUAGUAAAAAUUCAUUGGUUUCUCAUACUGACCAUCAUACAAUAAAAAGUAGCUCUCUAUGAAGGUGAUUGGCAUUUUCUUAUUACCUUCCUCUUUCUUCCCCCCGCAGGAGCAUCCGUUUGCUGUAUAAUUUUGUGAGUUUUAAGAAGGGAAAGAAAAACAAUCGGCUGCGUGUAUUUGUUCAUCAGUUUAUGUGGAAAUGUUUUAUUUAUUUGUACUCGGACCCUUUACAAGCUUCUGAUGUAUUGUGCAGAACUGGUCACACUAAGCAGAGGAAGAUCAAUUAAUUCUAGAACUUAAUUGGCUGGCUUUAGGAAUUGGACGGCGCCAUAAGAAAUGUAUAUUAUUUUCUGUUAA